AUGCUAAUGGAUCCAGUCCCUAAACGUUUUUACACCUACAUUAACGUGGAAAAAAUCAAAACCUUUAAGCCUCAAGAAAUCCAGACUGAGGCCAGCUUUGAGACUGAGGCCAGCUUUGAGACUGAGGCCAGCUUUGAGACUGAGGCCAGCUUUGAGACUGAGGCCAGCUUUGAGACUGAGGCCAGCUUUGAGACUGAGGCCAGCUUUGGGACUGGGGCCAGCUUUGAGACUAGAGGCCAGCUUUUGAGACUGGGGCCUUUGAGACUGGGGCCAGCUUUGAGACUGAGGCCAGCUUUGAGACUGAGGCCAGCUUUGAGACUGAGGCCAGCUUUGAGACUGAGGCCAGCUUUGAGACUGAGGCCAGCUUUGAGACUGAGGCCAGCUUUGAGACUGAGGUCAACUUUGAGACUCGAGGCUAUUGUCAAGUGA